AUGAUUACAGGUGUGAGUAUCGCCGCAAUACGCCAAGAUAGCUAUCAGGCGCUUGAAAGAGCAAGGGAUGCCGCGGCAAAGCGCGUUGCCAGAAGCAAUCCAGCUUUUAAAGAGGCCGAAGCAAACAGAGCGGCCGAACAUAUGCGGUUGAAGCGGCAGAUGGAAAGCCGCAGACAGAGGGAAAGGACUGCGAAUACGCAAGCUAUGAGGAAUCGCAGAGGAACUGAUUUCGAAUAUAGAGAAAGAGAGAGAGUGUCAAACAGUGCAUCAGUGCAGUUGCGCAGAACAAGCGAUCACGAAUACAGGGGAAGGGAGAGACAAAUGAAUAGUGAAGCAAUGCAGUCUCGCCGGGAGACGGAUUUGGAAUAUAGAGAAGGAGAAAGAGCGUCGAAUUUGGAAGCGAUGAGACUGCGCAGGGAAAGUAAUUGGCGAUACGCACAAAGAGAAAAGGAGGCAAAUUGCAAGGCAAUGAGAGCGCGGAGAGGAGAGGAUGCUACGUAUGUUGAAAGAGAAAGGAUUUUGAGCAAUUUCAGGAUGAGGAUUCGUCGGCAGACGGAAGAAAAUAGAAGUGCUGGACGUGCGGUAAACGCGAACGCUAUAAGAAUUCGACGAGAUGUCAGCCCAGAAUUUAGAGAAAGAGGAAGACUGCAGAACUCCGAAGCGAUGAGAUAUCGCAGGGAUAUCGACUUGCAGUACAGAGAAAGGGAGAGUAUUGAAUUCUGA